AUGUCAACCCUCGAAGAGCUCGAUGAUCUCGACCGUCGGGACCGCGACGACAAGAAGGACAAGAAGCAAGAUGACAAGGGGAAGCAGGGGGGUGGUGAUGGCGACGCCGAAAUGGAGGAUGCAGAGCCGGAAGAGGAUGACGUGCUGGAUCCCGAGAUCCUCAGCCUGAGCACCGAGGACAUCAAGACCCGUCGGCGCUUGCUCGAGAACGACGCCAGAAUCAUGAAGAGUGAGUUUCAACGGUUAUCACACGAGAAGGCGACCAUGGCGGAGAAGAUCAAAGAAAACAUGGAAAAGAUCGCAAAUAACAGACAGCUUCCCUACCUUGUCGGGAAUGUUGUCGAGCUACUAGAUCUAGACCCCACGGAGGAGUCGAAGGAGGAAGGCGCCAACAUUGAUUUGGACGCCGUUCGCGUGGGCAAGUCAGCCGUGAUCAAGACGUCGACAAGGCAAACCAUCUUCCUCCCGCUGAUCGGUCUCGUCGACCCCAACAAACUCAGGCCCGGCGACCUCAUAGGUGUCAACAAGGACUCGUAUCUCAUUCUAGACACCCUACCGGCCGAGUACGACAGCAGAGUCAAGGCCAUGGAAGUCGACGAGAAGCCCACCGAGAAGUACACCGACGUUGGCGGUCUUGACAAGCAGAUCGACGAGCUCAUCGAGGCUAUCGUAUGGCCUAUGAAGGAAGCAGAGCGUUUCAAGAAGAUUGGCAUCAAGGCGCCGAAGGGGGCUCUGAUGUAUGGCCCUCCCGGCACUGGCAAGACGCUACUCGCCAGAGCCUGUGCUGCGCAGACCGAUGCAACCUUCCUCAAGCUUGCCGGGCCACAGCUGGUUCAAAUGUUCAUCGGCGAUGGCGCUAAGCUCGUGCGCGACUGCUUCGCACUGGCUAAGGAAAAGGCACCGGCUAUCAUCUUCAUCGACGAAUUGGAUGCCGUUGGUACCAAGCGGUUCGACAGUGAGAAGAGUGGCGAUCGCGAAGUGCAGCGUACCAUGUUGGAGUUGCUCAACCAGCUGGACGGUUUCGCUUCGGAUGACCGGAUCAAGGUCAUCGCUGCCACAAACCGUGUCGACGUCCUGGAUCCCGCUCUGUUGAGAUCCGGGCGUCUCGAUCGCAAGAUCGAGUUUCCGCUCCCGAACGAGGAGGCUCGCGCCCAGAUUCUCAGGAUCCACUCGCGCAAGAUGAAGGUGGACCCUGCGGUCAACUGGGGCGAGUUGGCGCGCAGCACGGACGAGUUUGGCGGUGCCAUGCUCAAGGCUGUGUGUGUCGAAGCAGGCAUGAUUGCCCUGCGCAUGGGCAAGAACAAGAUCGGGCAUGAGCACUAUGUUGAUGCCAUUGCCGAAGUACAGGCAAAGAAAAAGGAUACGGUCAACUUCUAUGCUUAA